AUGGCGACAGUGCUCAGGGCCGGGUUGCCUCGGCUCGGAUUGGAUCCGGACGAGGACAUCGUAGACUACCUAAUCGCAUUAAUAGAAGCAGAAGGGCCGGAAGGAUGUGCUGAAUGGCUAGAGAGCGCUGCCACUGGCGACCAUGGCGACGCCGCUCGUGAACUGGCUGAGGCGGCGUUCGCAGAACUCAGCGGCACACCGGCUGAGAGUGGAGGUGCUAGAGAACUAAUGUCGCCGAUCGUAAGUUCCGGGGCAGCUGCGGAAAUGGGUGAUCCCCUUGACUCUCUGGACGUCGCAAUAGAUGAGGCAAAGGCGGCAGGUAACGCCACACGUACCACUGGUCCUGGUAGUGGCUGGCAACAGAAUAGCAACCUAGACAAGGGUGUUAGACGCGAACUAGUGCAGCGCUAUGCCUGCUUCGAUCUGCAGACGGUCCACAUAGGAGAGGACGGCCAGGUGUGCUCAUCGGGCACGACCACGAGAAAUGUGGAGAAGGAAGUAGCUAUACCCACGAACGACAACGCCGCCAGGGUAGCACAGGAGCAGUAUGCACGCCGUAUGUCGCAGAAGCAGCAGCACCUGGAAGCUCAGGAGAAACAACGCCAGCAGAAGCUGAAACAGCAACAGCACGAUGAGAAGGAACGCAUGCGGUGCCAGAAGAAGGAACGUCAAAGGUGA